AUUCUUCAUUUAAUUGUAAUAUAACAAAAUAUUCAGGAUGGGAUAGUUUGAUUCAAUUGGAAGUAUUCGGGGUGAAAGCAUACUUUUCCAACAAUCUGAUGAUUUAAGUAUUUAAUUUUGAUAUUAUUGGCAAACUUCGUGCCGUUCAGCGUUUUAUUCACAACACUGCGCUCCGUUUCUCUUCAGGGCUCUCGAGUAUCAUCUUAUGAUGCUUCGUCUUCGUCCUCAGCUUCCACCAACUCAGCCAUGGAAGCUAGACUCUCGGAGAGCCUCGGCCUCCCCUCUCCGAAUCUCAACCACUGCCACCUCACCACCGAUUUCAACUCCCUCUUCACUUACUUCUCCGAUCGCACCUCCGCUCAAUUCCCCGCCGUCAGAAAAAAAUCUCUAACCAAAUCGAGAAAACCAUCUCCUCCGUUCGCAUCGGCUUCAGUCUCAGAUUCCAAUCCCGGCUCCGGAUUCCUGAAAUGGAUGAAGCCUGCGUCGCGAAGCAGCCCAAAGAUCCAAACGCUGAUGAAACACCUCUCCGUCUUCGAGCGCGCCUUAAUCGGCGCGGGAGGCGGCGGAAUCGCCGGCGCCUUCACCUACGUCUGCCUCCUCCCGCUGGACACGAUCAAAACGAAGCUCCAGGCGAAAGGAGCCUCUCAAUUGUACAGCAGCAGCUUCGACGCCGUAGUGAAAACUUUUCAAGAGAGAGGGAUUCUAGGUUUCUACAGCGGCGUCUCCGCCGUGAUCGUCGGCUCCACGUUCUCCUCCGCGGUGUAUUUCGGCACGUGCGAGUUCGGUAAGUCUCUCCUCGGCAAGUUCCCGGAGUUUCCUCCCGUUCUCAUCCCUCCCACGGCCGGCGCCAUGGGGAACAUUAUCUCGUCGGCUAUAAUGGUUCCCAAAGAGCUCAUCACGCAGAGGAUGCAGGUCGGAGCUAGCGGGAGGAGGUCGUAUCAGGUUUUGCUCGAGAUUCUAGAGAAAGAUGGGAUCUUGGGGCUGUACGCUGGCUACUCCGCCACAUUGCUGAGGAACUUACCGGCGGGUGUGCUUAGUUACUCGUCGUUUGAGUAUCUUAAAGCUGCUGUUUUGGAGAAGACGCAGCAGAACAAUCUCGAGCCUCUUCAGAGCGUUUGCUGCGGGGCACUGGCUGGUGCUAUAUCCGCUUCGAUAACCACGCCGUUGGAUGUGGUGAAGACGAGGCUGAUGACGCAGGUUCACGUGGAGGCGGCGAAUAAACUUGGCGCUGCUAUGUAUGAUGGUGUGGCUGGGACGGUGAAGCAGAUACUGAAAGAGGAAGGAUUGGUUGGUUUUACUCGAGGCAUGGGGCCUCGUGUUGUGCAUAGCGCCUGCUUCUCGGCGAUAGGGUAUUUUGCGUUUGAGACUGCGAGGCUGACGAUCUUGAAUGAGUAUUUGAAGAGGAAACAGGAUUCCGAAGCAGCUACCGUUGAUGCUUGAUUCUUUUGAGAGACUCAAAUUAGCAUUCUGAGUUUGUUUUCUCAGACAAGCCUUGUCUUAGAGCUGAGUUGUUUCUGAAAUGGAGUCACUGUUUUAUUUUGGUUAACUUAUUGUUGGAGUAUUGUAGUUGCUGCAUUUUCAUCCAACGUUAAACUAGUUUGUGUUUUAAUUUGUUUCGAUUUGCAUUUCAGAUUCAA